AUGCAUGUGGCCAAGACCGUCAUUGCUCUUUGGGCACUCUCGUCGAUAGCUGCAGAAUCAGUUUCAGCCAUGCAUGGCUCUUCCGUCAACAAAGACAGUACACAGUGCCUUAGCGAGUGCGCCGCCGCCCAAAGAGAGUUUGCGAACCUGCGAGGUGCACGUCUGUUCUUGUGCUCUUGUGGCUCACCAUUUCUAAAAAAGGCCGAUGACUGUGCUGCGUGCCUGAUAUAUCACGAUGUCUGGAAAUACUUGACUCCUUGGAUUGCCCUGAUAUCCUACUGCAAUCCACGACGGGAUGAAUGCGUGGUGUAG